AUGACCAUUCGCCCUGAGUCAAAGCCGUGGGUUGUCCAAAAAUACGGCGGCACAAGCCUUGGGAAAUUGCUGGACGAGGUGUGUGGGACAAUCAUUCCAUCAUAUCUUGAGAAGUACAAUGUUGCCGUCAUCUGCUCUGCAUUAUCCGGGACCACCAAGUCCAGCGGCACGACAAGUUUGCUGCUCGACUGUCUUCAAUGUGCAGAGGUCGUCGGUAUGGAAUCAAUUGGUUGUAUAGAGGCGGCGAUUGAUAGCAUCCGUGAUGCCCAUCUGGAUAAAUUGCAUUCAUUUCAAGCCUAUUCCAGCAACACCAGCGACUUCCCGCUCAAUGAGACUGUUGUGAGUGUGGUCAACGACUGCGAAGAAAUUCGCAAAUUCCUUCUUGCAGCCCAGGUUGUGGGAGAUCUGUCCCCACGCACCAAAGAUCGGGUGCUCUCAUUAGGAGAGAGAUUGGCGUGUAAGGUCGUGGCCGCUGCAUUGACCAUCAAGGAGGGCAUUCCUGCUCGAGUCAUCAAUCUGGACAACAUUGUUGCAGAAGUGUUCGGCAGAUCUCUGCCAGACCAGGAAGCUGAAUUCGAACGCCUUGGAACCGGAUUCUACCAUCAACUCGCGGUGAAGAUUGGGUCAAUAGUAUCCGAAUCUACAGAUGCGGUGCCUAUAAUCACUGGUUUUUUCGGCCUCAUGCCUAACUCGCUCCUCCGGUGUGUUGGUCGAGGGUAUUCCGACCUCUGUGGCGCAAUGUGUGCGGCGGGCCUGACUGCCAUAGAAUACCAGAUUUGGAAAGAAGUUGAUGGAAUCUUUACCGCGGAUCCCAGAAAAGUGCCAUCAGCGCGGGUGCUGGCUACCGUUACCGCAGAGGAAGCUGCAGAACUGACAUUUUUUGGCAGCGAGGUUAUCCACCCCUUUACCAUGGAGCAACUAUACAAGUCGGGGAUUGUCUUGCGACUGAAAAACGUACUCAGUCCCAGCGGGUCCGGGACCGUGAUCUACCCAUCCGCUCCCGAGACAGACCGCCAGGUGAAUGGAACAGUGCAGGAGCGCCCGACAGGCGUCAUUUUUAUGCUUUCCAACGGAUACCAUGGGCAGUCUCAAAGCAGACGACGCCCAACCGCUAUUACCAGCAAAGAAGGCCUCACUCUCAUCAAUGUCGCAUGUAACCGGACCACCAAGUCACAAAGUUUCUUGGCUUCUGUCUUUUCGCAGCUUGAGCGGAAUGGCCUAGUUCCGGAUUUAGUCACCACGAGUGAGCGAAACGUCAGUCUUGCAAUCCAAGCAUCAAACGACUUCGUCAUCGGCAAUAAACUCGUCCUGGAUUUGCAGAAAUUUGGAUCCGUCAGUUUUGUCCUUUUUCUACUCUUUACAGCAGAUCUAUUAUAG